CUCACUUGUAAACUCACCCAGAACCUCCACAUCCAACACCAUGGUCAACUCCUGCUGUGGCUCUGUCUGCUCUGAGGAGGGCUGUGGCCAAGGCUGCUGCCAGCCCAGCUGCUGUGUGUCCAGCUGCUGCAGACCCCAGUGCUGCCAGUCUGUGUGCUGCCAGCCCACCUGCUGUCGCCCCAGCUGCUGCCGCCCCAGCUGCUGCAUCUCCAGCUGCUGCCAGCCCUCCUGUGGUAGUUCUAGCUGCUGUGGCUCCAGCUGCUGCCAACCCUGCUGCCAGCCCUGCUGCCAGCCCUGCUGCCGCCCCUGCUGCCAGCCCUGCUGCCGCCCCUGCUGCCAGCCCUGCUGCCGCCCCUGCUGCCGCCCCUGCUGCUGCCUGCGCCCAGUCUGUGGUCAGGUCUGCUGCCAGACCACUUGCUACCGCCCGACCUGUGUGAUCUCCACCUGCCCCCGCCCCAUGUGCUGCGCCACCCCUUGCUGCUGAGACCUUCCUUUCCUGAACACACACCCAUUUCCCCACCUCCUUUGUUAUGAAAACAGACCUUGUGUACCUCAAAACUGUCUUGAGAGAGGCCAUUCCCAUAUCCCAGACUCAGGAAAGCUGCCUCUGUUGACUUCUACCUUGUCUCAGUCCAAAAUAUGAAAUUGGAGGUUAAGAAUUUAAUAUACAGGGGGUGGGGGUAGCUCCUGAAGAAGUUAGAGGAGGAGUGGAGGUGUUAAUGUGAUCAAUAUACAUAGUAUGCAUUAUGAAAUUCUCAAAUAAUUAAUAUAAAAUAUUGUAUUUUAAAAAGAAAUUCAUCAGAGUACAGGUCUUCUCUAUCCAAAGUGGGAAUACCUCCAGCACCUGUAGAGUCAGAUUAUGGAGCUGAAAGUCUCACGGUGCCAUCUUGCUUUCACUCUAACUGUGACAUCUCUGUACUUUAUUGCUGCUACUUCUAAAUAAAACGUAUUUUAUGGGAAUAGAAA